CAUACACUUGAAACAAAUAGCCAAACCGAAAACUCCAGACAAAAAUGCGUUCUGCUAUUAAGAUCAGUAAAAUGUAGGCUACAUUUACAACGGAGUGGAGAGCAGAAGUCUCAACUCGCAAGCAAGUAGCAGCAAUGAAGAUCGCGAAGGGGGGAGAAUUCUGACAGGGGGGAGAUUUUCGGCACAACACCUGUUCUAAAAAAGGUCCCCGGGAGAGAUGGCUCGAGGGAGUGCGCAGGCAAGUGUGUUGUAAAAUGAGGAGAGAAAGAACGAUAACGAGUAGAGAGGAGCCGAAUUCAGAAAGUAACUUACGUCUGAGUAUCGUUGGAGAAAGAGGACGUGCUAGUUCUGGAAGAGGAUUGUUCCAUACCACCGAAUGACUGUCUUUUUCGCCAGAGUGAUGGACAUCAAAUAAUUGUUACCGUGAAGAUAACAGACAUGUCGUUUAUAUUUAACUGGAUCUACAGAGGCCUCAGUGGUGUGCUGCAGUUACUAGGUUUGUAUAAGAAGUCUGGGAAGCUGGUGUUCCUUGGUUUGGACAAUGCUGGGAAAACAACACUACUGCACAUGCUCAGAGAUGACCGACUGGGACAGCAUGUGCCAACCCUACAUCCCACAUCAGAAGAGUUAACCAUUGCUGGGAUGACAUUCACAACAUUUGAUCUUGGUGGUCACACACAAGCCAGAAGAAUCUGGAAGAACUACCUCCCAGCUAUAAAUGGUAUAGUCUACCUGGUGGAUUGUGCAGACCAUGAGAGACUACAAGAAGCCAAAAUUGAACUGGAUGCGCUGUUAACAGAUGAGACCAUCUACAAUGUGCCUGUACUUAUCCUCGGGAAUAAGAUCGACCGCCAAGAGGCAAUCAGUGAAGACGCACUCCGAGGGAUGUUCGGACUCAUUGGGCACACUACCGGAAAGGGUAAUGUGUCACUGAAGGAGAUGAACCUGAGGCCCAUGGAGAUCUUCAUGUGUAGUGUUCUGAAGAGGCAGGGAUACGGAGAUGGUUUCCGCUGGCUCUCACAGUACAUUGACUGAUCGAUCCAUCACUAUUUCUCUUACUAGAUUCACACUAUACAGCCAACUCAAAACUUACUGGGUGGGCUAGAUUAUUUCAAAUAAAAUGGUCAUUUCCAGCAUGGUUCAAGCAACUAUGAUGGAUGUGUAACAAGUUCAGGUCAGCCAAGUACACAAGAGGACAGACAUGCCUCAGGAAUCUACCCGCUGGAAAAGCUAUUAACUGCUAGCGUGCUAUAUUUAUUGUAAUUUUUACAUUUGAGAAAGUGUGGCCUCAAUAAGUAAAUAUAUUUCUAAGACAAAUAUAUUUUUAUUGAUACAGUAUUUAUACUCUUGUGUUUUGAACAUAUUUCUUUGGGUUCAAACAGUGUUGAAAUAUGUAAAUGUUUGAUAGUAGAAUAGUAAAAUCUAAUAAUAAUUGGUGUACACCCUUUUAUAGUCUGAGCCCUAUGUAGUGAAUUCAAACUUCAAAACCAAUAUUGUGUAGUUUACACGUUGCGUCAUUUUCAAUAAUGAUCUGUUACUUUCUGAAAGUACUGUGGUGGUGGGCAUUUUGAGUCAUACCUCAAACAGUUUUAUUAUUACAGUAUUAUUUCUCCUCCCACUUAUGAUGACGUUACAGGGUAGGACAUGGCAUCGAUUUGAACCAGUUCGUAACCAUGGUUUAUUUUUAAGUUGCUGGCAUUGGAUUUCAGAGGUGUUAUUGGUGUAACAGUUCCGCUUUUGUGUCUUUUCGACAUUGCUGCUCUCUCCUUCCACGAACAUUUGAUAUCGGAAGUUUACAUACACUUAAGGCUGGAGUCAUCAAAACUCGUUCUUCAACCACUCCACAAAUGUCUUGUUAACAACCUAUAGUUUUGGCAAGUCGGUUAGGACAUCUACUUUGUGCAUGACACAAGUAAUUUUUCCAACAAUUGUUUACAGACAGAUUAUUUCACUGUAUCACAAUUCCAGUGGGUCAAGAUUUUACAUGCACUAAGUGUACUGUUCCCUUAAACAGCUUGGAAAAUUCCAAAAAAUUAUGUCAUGGCUUUACAAGAUUCUGAUAGGCUACUUGACAUCAUCUGAGUCAAUUGGAGGUGAACUGGUGGAGGUAUUUCAAGGCCUACCU